GCUGCACUGGGGAAUUUCCAAAGCUGAGACCGUUUUAGACGGGAGGAGCCGGGGGCCAGAGUACGGAUGCCCAGGGCAGGGUCUUGGAGUCCGGACCUGGUUUAGGAGCAUCGGAGCUGGGAUUGGGGGGAGCGCGCCCCACGUGCCUGUGACGCGGGGGCGGCCGGUAGGCGGCGACGGCGACACGGGGCCGGCGGCUGUGCUUUGCCGGGAGGGCGACUAGGCUGGCGGCAGUAUGAUGCACGCCGCGUUGCCGCUGCUAGGGCUGCCCCUGGCGGGGGCGGCAGAGAUCGAAGAACCCACCCAGGAGCCGGGAUCUCCGAGCGAGCCUCCCCCAGGAUUGGCGCUCUUCCGCUGGCAAUGGCACGAGGUGGAGGCCCCCUACCUGGUAGCCCUGUGGAUCCUGGUGGCCAGCCUGGCCAAAAUCGUGUUUCACUUGUCUCGGAAGGUGACAUCUCUAGUCCCUGAGAGCUGCCUGCUGAUUUUACUGGGACUGGUGCUUGGAGGCAUUGUCUUGGCUGUGGCCAAGAAAGCUGAGUACCAGCUGGAGCCAGGCACCUUCUUCCUCUUCCUGCUGCCCCCUAUCGUGCUAGACUCGGGCUACUUCAUGCCUAGCCGGCUGUUCUUCGACAACUUGGGUGCCAUCCUCACCUACGCCGUGGUGGGCACACUCUGGAAUACCUUCACAACAGGUGCUGCCCUCUGGGGCCUGCAGCAGGCUGGACUCGUGGCCCCUAGAGUACAGGCUGGCUUGCUGGACUUCCUGCUGUUCGGAAGCCUCAUCUCGGCAGUGGACCCCGUGGCUGUACUGGCUGUCUUUGAGGAGGUGCAUGUCAACGAGACUCUCUUCAUCAUCGUCUUCGGCGAGUCCCUGCUUAACGAUGCAGUCACCGUGGUGCUGUACAAGGUCUGCAACUCCUUUGUGGAGAUGGGCUCGGCCAACGUGCGGGCCACUGACUACCUGAAGGGAGUCGCCUCCCUGUUUGUGGUCAGUCUGGGCGGGGCAGCCGUGGGCUUAGUCUUUGCCUUCCUCCUGGCCCUGACCACACGCUUCACCAAGCGGGUCCGCAUCAUCGAGCCGCUGCUGGUCUUCCUCCUCGCCUACGCAGCCUACCUCACUGCUGAAAUGGCCUCGCUAUCUGCCAUUCUUGCGGUGACUAUGUGUGGCCUGGGCUGUAAGAAGUACGUGGAGGCCAACAUCUCCCAUAAGUCACGCACAACGGUCAAAUACACCAUGAAGACUCUAGCCAGCUGCGCCGAGACCGUCAUCUUCAUGCUGCUUGGCAUCUCAGCUGUGGACUCUUCUAAGUGGGCCUGGGACUCUGGGCUGGUGCUGGGCACCCUGUUCUUCAUCCUGUUCUUCCGAGCCCUCGGUGUAGUCCUGCAGACGUGGGUGCUGAAUCAGUUCCGGCUGGUCCCUCUGGACAAAAUUGACCAGGUGGUGAUGUCCUAUGGGGGCCUGCGGGGAGCUGUGGCCUUCGCUCUCGUCAUCCUCCUGGACAAGAACAAGGUCCCUGCCAAGGACUACUUUGUGGCCACUACUAUUGUGGUGGUCUUCUUUACAGUCAUUGUGCAGGGCCUGACCAUCAAGCCGCUGGUUAAGUGGCUGAAGGUGAAGAGGAGCGAGCAUCACAAACCCACCCUGAACCAGGAGCUGCACGAGCACACUUUUGACCACAUUCUGGCCGCAGUGGAGGACGUUGUGGGGCACCAUGGCUACCACUACUGGAGGGACAGGUGGGAGCAGUUUGACAAGAAGUACCUGAGUCAGCUGCUGAUGCGGCGGUCAGCCUACCGCAUCCGGGACCAGAUCUGGGACGUGUACUACAGACUCAACAUCCGGGACGCCAUCAGCUUCGUGGACCAGGGAGGCCAUGUCUUGUCUUCCGCAGGGCUCACUCUGCCCUCUAUGCCCAGCCGAAAUUCCGUGGCAGAGACCUCUGUCACCAACCUGCUGAGGGAGAGUGGCAGUGGAGCGUGUCUGGAUCUGCAGGUGAUUGACACAGUCCGUAGCGGUCGGGACCGUGAGGAUGCUGUGAUGCACCACCUGCUCUGUGGAGGCCUCUACAAGCCGCGUCGCAGGUACAAAGCCAGCUGCAGCCGCCACUUCAUCUUGGAGGACGCGCAGGAGCGGCAGGACAAGGAGGUCUUCCAGCAGAACAUGAAGCGGCGGCUGGAGUCCUUCAAGUCCACCAAGCACAACAUCUGCCUCACCAAGAGCAAGCCUCGGCCCCGCAAGGCUGGCUGCAAGAAGAAGAAUGGCGUGGCUAACACUGCAGCUUCAAAUGGGAAGCCUCCUCGAGACCUGGGCUUGCAGGACCCAGCUGCUGUGAUCUUAACUGUGGAAUCUGAGGAGGAGGAGAGUGACAGUUCUGAGACAGAGAAGGAAGAUGAUGAGGGGAUCAUCUUUGUGGCUCGGGCCACCAGCGAGGUUCUCCAGGAGGGCAAAGUCUCAGGGAGCCUUGAGGUGUGUCCGAGCCCACGUAUCAUUCCCCCCUCUCCAACCUGCGCAGAGAAGGAGCUACCUUGGAAGAGCGGGCAGGGGGAGCUGGCAGUCUACGUGUCCUCGGAAACCACCAAGAUUGUGCCGGUGGACAUGCAGACAGGCUGGAACCAGAGCAUCUCAUCCUUGGAGAGCCUGGCAUCCCCGCCCUGCACCCAGGCCCCAACUGUGACUCACCUGCCUUCCUGCCGACCCGCUGCUAAAGAGCCCCAGGCCCCUCUUGACCUGCCUUCGGAUCUGCGCCCUAGCUUCGCCUUUCCUCCAAGCCUGGCCAAGGCUGGCCGCUCCCGCAGUGAGAGCAGUGCUGACAUCCCCCGGCAGCAGGAGCUGCAGCCGCUCAUGGAACACGAGGACCGCUCGCAUCUUAGCCCAGGCACUGCCAGUUCCCACUGGUGCAUCCAGUUCAACAGAAGUGGCCGGCUGUAGCCCAGAGACUUGGGGAGGGGCCAAAGGCCAGAGUCCCUGUAGGGAGUGUUCCUGGAACAAAGGGCAGAGGAGCCCACUCAGCCUGACACGGGGUCGGAAGUAGCAACUGGGCUCCCUUAGGACAGGUCAGAAGGGUCUCCUGGGCUGGUCCUCACAGAGGCCCUUUUCACCACAACCCCAGCUCCUAACUCCUGCCACCACCCCAUUUAGUAAGGCCCUAACCCUAGCUCAAGACCCAGUCCAGAGCUAGGGGCUAGGCCCAGAGACUGGAUAGCUGAUGCCCCUUCCCCAGCUGGCCUUCCUGGGCUCACUUUAGGCAGCUGAUUCCUGCCCCCAAAGCAAGGACAUCAUUCCUCAGCUGGCACUGGCCUUUCCUGCCCUCUAUCCCCUCCUUAGCGCCAGCUCAAGGACAGUGGCAAUGAGGUUCCUCAAGGGGCUGGUCCUCAGAGGGUUUGGGGUGGGGUGGGAGGUGGAGCAGGUCUCAACCUCGGGCUUUGCUGCCCUCUUGCAUCAGCGACCCAUAACCAACUUUUUUAGGGCACUGGGAAUGUCUUCACUUCUUGCUUUAUUUCCUUCCGUCUGCUGCCAGUUAUUGGGGUGAUAGUUUCUCCUUUUCCAGCACCAAGGCCACAGGGCCGGGCCAGGCUUCAGGUCAAGGCUGGCUGCUUUUUAGCCAGGGUCACUCUGAGGACCUACUGCUCUGCAUCCAAGUCUGGACCUUUCGGAUCCUUGGGUCUGGGUUUUCUGAGGAAGGGGGACAGUCGCCUCGGGGUUCCCACAUCAUCACCUUGACAUUUCCCAAGCAGGAAGCGGGGCAGGGCCACUGCUCCACUGCUCUGGGGUUUGGACGCCUGGCUGCAGUGGCAAGGGGGCUGAUGGGGUGGCAGUUGACUUUCCUGGGGUUAGCGCCUGCCCGCCUGCCCUGUGUUUUAUACCUUGAA